AAAAUGGAGAAGAAGAGAUCUAAAGAUAUGUCUAAGGGACGACUGGAGCACAAGUUCUACAAUAGAGUUGUAGCUAGUGACCUAGACACAUUCAAAACUAUAUUAGAAGUGCAGCUUGAUGAUCCUGAAGCCUUUCAUCCCUAUGAGUGCACACAUUUCUCUAAUCCGAAGAACGGCUUUGCUGAAGAGAUGAAAACAAUGCUGAAAAUCUUUGGUUGUGAGCAAGAAGCAACUAUCAGAAAAGAUACUAUUAAGGAACUUGAAGCUCAGUUGAUCCUUUGUAUUGAAAAUAUUUUCCUUCAGAGUACCGAACAAGCAAGGAAAAAGGGUGAUACAAUUAUCACUCUGAAGAGUUUAUUAGAAGCAGUCAACCAUGAUCAAUGCAUGAAGGAUAGAGUGAUAGAGCUUAUUAGGAUCAACAAAAGUACGAAUAAGAUUAAAAAUAUUGCUAAGAAAAAUUAA